AUGCAGGAACUGGGACAGAAUAUCAUGCUCAUUGGAGAUGUGAAUGGAAGAGUUGGCGAUGAACAAAUAAUUGAAGAAGAACUAAUAACUGGAAUUCACUACUUACAAUCACUACAUAGACGUUCGAAGGAUGAAGUAUUAAAUAAAAACGGAAAAUCUUUGUUGGAAUUGUUUGAGGAAUAUGGAAUGGUGAUCUUGAAUGGAAGGAUGGCAGGAGAUAGGAAUGGUGAGUUUACAUUUGUGGGAAAUCGCGGAUCUUCAGUCAUCGAUGUGUGUGCUGUCUCAUUAGAGCUGCUCUCCUGUGUAACCGACUUUUGUGUUGUACCAGCUGUUCUAUCUGAUCAUCUGCCAAUAAAAACAAUCAUUGGAUUGGCGGGAGGAGAAAGUGAGAAUCCAGUAGGUAUACAGCCUUUAAAGCCAAAGAUGAAGUGGAUGCCGGCUAAGAGGGAUGAGUACCAGAGACUUUUGCUGGAGGCUGUUACCAGCAGGUGUGAAUGGGAUAUGGACUUGGAGGCGGACUGGUGCUACCUUAUUGAGGCCAUUCAGACGAGCCAACAGACUAAUCAUCAACCAGCAAUUCUGAAGAGUAAGGAUAGGAAACAAGCUGAAUGGUUUGAUCGGGAGUGUUGGGGAAGAAGAAGUGAAGCAUUCAGCCUUUUGCAACUCUACCGGAAAACAAACUCAGAGGUGGUGAAAAUGCAUUACUUGGAGGCAAACUCUAAUUACAAGAAACUAUGCAAGGAAAAGAAAAAAACGUACUGGAGGAAUUGCAUUGAAGGAUUCAAGACUGUGAAGGAUUCAAGGGACUUCUGGACAUUGGUCAGACAGCUUAAGAAGAAGCAAUUUGUUAUUGGUUCAACAAUAUCAAUGGGAGAUUGGAUUCAACACUUUCAAGAGCUGCUGAACCCUGCAGUGACAGCUGAGAGAGUGUUGUAUGUGGAGCCCUACAUUGAGGAUGAAUUGUUGGAUGCUUCAUUCCAGAUGCAGGAGUUGAGGAAGAUCAUGGUCCGCGUGAAAGAUGGUAAAGCACCUGGAGAGGAUGGAGUACCAUAUGAAUUUUUCAAAAAUGCGCCCACCUGUUUCAUGGAGAGUCUGUUGAAUCUUUACAAUAGAAUGUACAGCACUUCCUGUGUCCCAGACAGCUUCAAGAGAUCAAUAGUUUUUCCUAUCUUCAAGAAAGGCAACCCUGGGGAUGCUUCAAACUACAGAGGCAUUUCAUUUGGCAAUGCUGGAGCAAAGCUGUUCACUGCAAUUCUCCUUGAUAGACUGAAAGCAUGGGUCAAUCGUGAUGGAAAACUGAGAGAGUUCCAGGCUGGUUUUCGGGAGAGUUAUUCAACAGUAGAUAACAUUUUCAAUUUGAUGGCAAUUAUCAGAAUGAGGCUUGCAGUCAAGAGGCAGAAAGUCUAUGCUUUCUUUGUCGAUUAUUCAGCUGCAUUCGAUCGAAUUGACAGACAUUCGUUGUUUCUCAAAUUGUCAGAAAUGAGAAUUUCCACAAAAAUGCUAAGAAUCCUCCAAGCUAUUUAUUCAAACUCCACAGCGAGAGUCUGGAGUCAAGAGGGUCUUUCAGAUGCAUUUGAAACUAAUACUGGCGUGAAGCAAGGCUGUCUGCUGAGCCCCCUACUGUUUGCAUUGUUCCUAAACGAUUUAGAGGAGAAUAUGGAGGGGGGUGUGAAGCUGAAUGACACAAAUAUAAGAAUACUUGCCUAUGCUGAUGACAUUGUACUUCUUGCAUCAAAUAAAUUAGAUUUGAAAAAGAUGAUCACAGCAUUAGAGGAAUAUUGCAGAAGAUGGAACCUACUUGUCAACCUUGAUAAAUCCAAGAUAGUGAUUUUUAGAAACGGUGGAAAACAAGGAAGGCAUGAGAAAUGGUGGUACAAAGGAAAACCAAUCGAAGUUGUCAAUUCUUACAAGUAUCUAGGAAUAAAUCUGACGUCAAGACUUUCAAUGACACUGCAUUUCAGAGAGAGAUUGGCCUCGGCGAAAAUGGCAUUAAGUCUGUUUAAUAACCUGUUGUUGAACAAUGCUAUUACAUUCGAAGCAAAGCUGAAGGUGUUUGAAGCGGUUGUCCGAUCCAUAAUGUGCUAUGGUGCUCAGGUGUGGGGAAGCAGGAUGUUCGACUUGGUGGAGAGUAUACAAUGGGUUUUCAUAAGAAAAGUGUUUAGUCUGCCAACAUAUUCUCCCAAACUUGCCAUGCUUCUAGAGACUGGACUACAGCCAAUUUUUCUACAUACUCUGAGGCUACACUUUGGAUUUGUCAAAAGAUGCUUGAAGUUAUCAGAGGAUAGAUAUCCAAAAUGUAUAAUGGAGGAGAUGAUCAGUAAAGAAGCGUUUAUGUUUGAGGAUUGGCGGAGACUGGAGGAAUCAUUCAGCAUCUCAUUGGAUGGCAUCAGAGAUGGAAGUUUGAAUACAGACCAAGUUUUAACAACAAUAGGAGAAAAACUGUAUGAUCAACAGGUUCAGCAAGUCGUAGCUAGUCAACGUUACCCUUUUCGGAGCCAGCUCAGUCAUAGCAAUGAAUACGUGUCCGAGGAGUAUGACUUCAAAUUAAUUAAGUGGUUCUUCAAGGCUAGGAAUGAACUCAUACAAUUGAACAAAUAUUCCUACACGCGAAGCAGCAAACUUUGUUCUUUGUGCAACUUGAAGGAAGAAGAGGAUAUUGUUCAUUUCAUUGGCAGGUGCCCUAUUCUUAGUUUCUACAGGCGAAAGCAUCUGGGAAAAUCGUGUCUUCCUUGGUCAGAGAUGAAAACGCUUUUGAAUGGUGAGAACUGGCUGAAAGUGAGUGGGUACUGUGCGGAUGCAUGGAAGUAUAGACAUUUUCUGACAACUGAAUUCAAUUAUUAG